ACUCCUGACCUCAGGUGAUCCACCCACCCGGGCCUCCCAGAGUACUGGGAUUACAGGCGUGAACCACCAUGCUGGGCCGGAGGUUUUAUUUUCGGACUGUACUACCAUCGAAAGCUUUCAAACACAAGCUUCUGUAAUAUCUCAAGGUAUAUAAAGAGUAACAGUAUAUACAUUGGCUCGUUUAAUUUUCCUCUUAACUCAGCGUAUUUACAUUUUGUGAAACAAUUGUUUAUGAUUCAUAAAGUGUUUUCUUUUUCAAAGUUUCUUAGAUUUCCUUUGUCAAGAGAACAGAAUUAUUUUAGGAGGGCAAGCAUAUUUAAGUUAAGACUGAAAGUUGGCAGUCUGAAAAAGGAUCGGAAGUUAAUGGGAGGACUUUGGACUGCGAUAAAUGAAUUUCCAGCCUGUUCUUUAAAGAGAUUUAACAAUAUAUGGUUGUGUUCCAGAACACGUAGUAUAUUGGUCUUUUUACUUAAGAUUUAUUGUAAAUAAAUUGCUAUUUUUCGUUUCCUUAGUCUUUUGUGAUUGAUGAAAGUAUCAGAGGGGCAAGGAAGAUAGAAGUAUGCUAGAUUUGAAGAAAAUGGGAGAGAAAAAAUAUUGAAGUUUCUGCAUUUGUGCGGAGGAUUUAGGAGUUACUUGUUUUGAAUGUUUAACUCAGGCAUGCUAUUGUUUUGCACUUUAAUUUUGGGAUAAUCAGUUUUCCUUGACUAAAAACACUUCAGUCACAAGAUCAACAUUUAUGGUAACUCAUCAAAGGAGGUAUCAACGUACGAGGAAGAUACGUGCAUGAACAGGGAAAAAGUUGGAUUGGAUGCUGCUGGCAAGACAACCAUUCUGUAUAAACUGAAGUUAGGGGAGAUAGUCACCACCAUUCCUACUAUUGGUUUUAAUGUGGAAACAGUAGAAUAUAAGAACAUUUGUUUCACAGUAUGGGAUGUUGGUGGUCAAGAUAGAAUUAGGCCUCUCUGGAAGCAUUACUUCCAGAAUACCCAGGGUCUUAUUUUUGUGGUAGACAGCAAUGAUCGUGAAAGAAUUCAGGAAGUAGCAGAUGAGCUGCAGAAAAUGCUUCUGGUAGAUGAGUUGAGAGAUGCAGUGCUACUGCUUUUUGCAAACAAACAAGAUUUGCCAAAUGCUAUGGCCAUCAGUGAAAUGACAGAUAAACUAGGGCUUCAGUCUCUUCGUAACAGAACAUGGUAUGUUCAAGCCACUUGUGCAACACAAGGAACUGGUCUGUAUGAAGGACUUGACUGGCUGUCAAAUGAGCUUUCAAAACGUUAAAUGAAACUGGAUAUCUAACCAAGGACAUGUUUGAUAAAAUUGGCCUAGGCUUGUUACAACAAAAUUAGUUUGUAUCUUGGUUAUUAAACAGUAUCUGGGACUCGUUUGGGCAGAAUAUUAUUUUGUUGCCAAUUAUUGUUUACCAAGUAUAAUGUUGCUAUUUAGCAAUUGUGCUUGGUUUUAAAGAAAUUCUCCUUGGGAAAAAAAGUAUCCUUUUUUAAUUUUACUUCCCAUAAGUGUAAAUGCCUGGACAUAGCUAUUGUGAAACCUUUAAAUAAAUUGGUUUGAGUGCUUUUUAAGCCCCAGAUAAAUAAUGUUUUAAAGUUAUCCCCUUGCUACUUUACUGAUACCUUUAUCAUUCCUGAGACAGUCUGCUAAUUUAAAAAUGUAGCAUUCCAUUUGUAUUUAUUUCUCUCUCUUGCCAAAAAGAUUUUCUAAUACUGCUUGUACCAGCCACAGAAAGAUCCAAAACACUACUCAGCUCUCUUGCACUGAGGAAAUUUUUUUCCCCCUACAUUGACUCCUGGCCUACAUCAGCUAAACUUAUACCUUGGUGGGGUUUGGAUUUGAUAGCUAAUUAGUUCUGUGCUGGCUGCAAAGAAUUGAGAUUUAGAUGGUUUUUAAUACUCAGCAGAUUGUCUUCCUUUAUAUUGUGUCUUUUUUAUGUUGCAUGUUGCUUUUGUUAUCAGCCUGAUUUUUUGCUCAGUAUAUGAGAGUUCUGCUGAUGUUUUGUUUAUUGAGCAGACAUAUCUUCAUUAAGAGUUUUUGGAAAACUCAUCAAAUUUGAUGAAUACAUUUUCUGCAUAACCCAUUUGGAAUUAUUCCUAAUAAAAUGAUAAAAUACGUAA